AUGCCGCAGGCGCCGCAGCCGUACGAGUUCUUCAGCGCAGAGAACAGUCCGAAAUGGCGGGGACUGUUGGUCUCGGCCCUGCCGAAGGUUCAGGAGCAAGUACAUCCCAAUCUCUCAGCUGAUGAAGAGCCGAUUUUUCAGCUGCUUAAUAAAUUAUGCAUGGCCCAACCAAGGACUGUUCAAGAUGUGGCGGAAGUUCAAAAGACCUUUUCUCAUCCAGUGGAUGAAUGGGCUAUUGCUGAUGCACAGUCUGCCACAGAGAAACGAAAACGAAGAAAUCCUCUCUUACUGCCUGUGGACAAAAUCCAUCCUUCAUUGAAGGAAGUUUUAGGGUACAAAGUGGACUACCAUGUGUCCCUAUAUAGUGUGGCUGUACUAGAGUAUAUCUCAGCUGGUAUUUUGAAAUUGGCUGGUAAUUAUGUUUUUAAUAUCCGACAUUAUGAAAUAUCCCAACAGGACAUUAAAGUGUCAGUGUGUGCAGAUAAGGUUUUGAUGGACAUGUUUGAUCAGGAUGACAUAGGCUUGGUUUCUCUUUGUGAAGAUGAACCUAGUUCUUCAGGUGAAUUAAACUACUAUGACCUUGUCAGAACUGAAAUUGCAGAAGAAAGACAGUAUCUACGGAAACUAAAUAUGAUCAUAAAAGUGUUUCGAAAGGUUUUUCUUUCUGACAGAAAGCUGUUUAAAUCUUCUGAUAUUGAAAAGGUUUUCAGUAACAUUUUAGAUAUACAUGAAUUGACCGUGAAACUUUUAGGUCUAAUUGAAGACACAGUUGAAAUGACUGAUGAAAGCAGCCCUCAUCCCUUAGCUGGAAGCUGUUUUGAAGAUUUGACAGAGGAACAAGCAUUUGAUCCUUAUGAAACAUUAUCACAGGAUAUUCUUUCACCAAAAUUUAAUGAACAUUUCAGUAAGUUGAUGGCCAUACCUGCAGUGGCUCUACAGUUUCAGUCCAUUGCUGAUGGUUUUAAAGAGGCAGUUUAUUAUGUCCUUCCACACCUUAUGCUGGUGCCAGUAUAUCAUUGUUGGCACUAUUUUGAAUUAUUAAAGCAAUUGAAAGCAUGUAGUGAAGAGCAUGAAGACAGAGAAUGUUUGAACCAAGCUAUUACUGCUCUCAUGAAUCUCCAAGGUAGUUUGGACCGAAUUUACAAGCAAUAUUCACCUAGAUGCUGACCUGGGGAUCCUGUUUACCCUUUUUAUAAUCAUCAAUUAAGAAGCAAGCACCUGGCUAUUAAAAAAAUGAAUGAAAUUCAGAAAAACAUAGAUGGAUGGGAAGGCAAAGAUAUUGGACAGUGUUGUAAUGAAUUUAUUAUGGAAGGUCCAUUGACAAGAAUUGGUGCCAAACACGAAUGGCAUAUUUUUCUCUUUGAUGGCUGCUUAAUGAUUAGCUGCAAACCCAAUCAUAGCCAGUCACACCUUCCAGGAUACCAUAGUACAGAAUACAGAUUAAAAGAAAAAUUUGUCAUGAGGAAAAUACAAAUAUGUGAUAAAGAAGAUACUUGUGAGUGCAAACAUGCUUUUGAAUUAGUAUCCAAAGAUGAAAACAGCAUAAUAUUUGCUGCUAGGUCUGCUGAAGAGAAAAAUAAUUGGAUGGCAGCACUUAUUUCUCUUCAUUAUCGUAGUACUCUAGAUCAAAUGCUAGAUUCAGUAUUACUGAAGGAAGAAAAUGAACAACCACUUAAAUUACCGAGUCCUGAAGUGUAUCGUUUUGUGGUAAAAGACUGAGAAAACAUUGUUUUUGAAGACAACUUGCAAAGCAGAAGUGGAAUCCCCAUUAUUAAAGGAGGAGCUGUGGUGAAAUUAAUUGAAAGGUUAACGUAUCACAUGUAUGCAGAUCCCAAUUUUGUUCGCACUUUUCUUACUAUGUAUCGUUCAUUUUGUAAACCACAGGAAUUGCUAAGCUUACUGAUUGAACGAUUUGAAAUUCCAGAGCCAGAACCUACUGAAGCAGAUAAAUUGGCAGUAGAGAAAGGCGAGCAGCCGAUCAGUGCAGACCUUAAAAGGUUUCACAAGGAAUACGUCCAACCAGUACAACUUAGGAUCUUAAAUGUGUUUCGGCACUGGGUCGAACACCAUUAUUAUCACUUUGAAAGAGACUUGGAGUUGCUUGAAAGACUAGAAUCCUUCAUUUCAAGUGUAAGAGGGAAAGCUAUGAAGAAAUGGGUAGAGUCAAUUGCUAAGAUCAUCAAGAGGAAGAAACAAGCUCAGGCAAAUGGAAUAAGCCAUAAUAUUACCUUUCAAAGUCUGCCACCACCAACCGAAUGGCAUAUCAGCAGACCAGGACAGUUUGAAACGUUUGAUCUCAUGACACUUCAUCCAAUAGAAAUUGCACGUCAGCUGACACUUUUGGAAUCUGAUCUCUACAGCAAAGUUCAACCUUCUGAACUUGUAGGGCAUGUAUGGACCAAAGAAGAUAAAGAAAUAGAUUCUCCAAAUUUAUUAAAAAUGAUUCACCACACCACAAAUCUCACUCUCUGGUUUGAAAAGUGCAUUGUGGAAGCAGAAAAUUUUGAGGAACGGGUGGCAGUACUAAGUAGAAUUAUAGAAAUUCUGCAAGUUUUUCAAGAUUUGAAUAAUUUCAAUGGUGUAUUAGAGAUUGUCAGUGCAGUAAAUUCAGUAUCAGUCUAUAGACUAGAUCAUACCUCUGAGGAAAGAAAAAGGAAAAUUUUGGAUGAAGCUGUGGAAUUAAGUCAAGAUCAUUAAAAAAAAUAUCUAGUGAAACUUAAGUCAAUCAAUCCACCUUGUGUGCCUUUUUUUGGAAUAUAUUUAACAAAUAUUCUGAAGACUGAAGAAGGGAAUAAUGAUUUUUUAAAAAAGAAAGGGAAAGAUUUAAUCAAUUUCAGUAAGAGGAGGAAAAGGAGGAAAGUACCUGAAAUUACUGGAGAAAUUCAGCAAUAUCAGAAUCAACCUUACUGUUUAUGGAUAGAACCAGAAAUGAGGAGGUUCUUUGAAAACCUUAACCCCAUGGGAAAUGCUUCUGAAAAAGAGUUUACAGAUUAUUUGUUCAACAAGUCACUAGAAAUUGAACCCGGAAACUCCAAACAGCCACCUCGAUUUCCUAGGAACUCAACUUUCUCUUUAAAAUCUCCUGGAAUAAGGCCUAAUACAGGCCGACAUGGCUCUACCUCAGGUACUUUAUGGGGUCGUCCAACACCAUUAGAAAGAGAACUGUGUAAAAUAAGCUUUAGUCGGAUUGCUGAAACAGAGCUUGAAUCAACAGUGUCAGCACCAACCUCUCCAAAUACACCAUCUACUCCACCAGUAUCUGCUUCUUCAGACCUUAGUGUGUUUUUAGAUGUGGAUCUCAGCAGUUCCUGUGGAAGCAAUAGCAUCUUUGCUCCAGUCCUCUUGCCUCAUUCAGAGUCUUUCUUUAGUUCGUGUGGUAGUUUACAUAAACUAAGUGAAGAGCCACUGAUUCCUCCUGCACUUUCUCCUCGAAACAAAUUUGAUCAUGAUGCUUCAAAUUCCAAGGGAACUAUGAAAUCUGAUGAUGACCCCCCUGCUAUUCUGCCAAGACAGCCUCCUCCUCCAAAGGUAAAACCCAGAGUUCCUGUGCCUACUGGUGCAUUUGACGGGCCUCUGCAUAGUCCACCGCCGCCGCCGCCGAGAGAUCCUUUUCCCAAUACCCCUCCACCAGUUCCCCUUCGGCCUCCAGAACACUUCAUAAACUGUCCGUUUACUCUUCAACCACCUCCACUGGGACAUCUUCACAGAGAUCCAGACUGGUUCAGAGAUGUUAGUACGUGUCCAAAUUCUCCAAACACUCCUCUUAGCACACCCUCUCCAAGGGUACCACGUUGAUGCUAUGUGCUCAGUUCUAGUCAAAAUAAUCUUGCUCAUCCUCAAGCUCCCCCUGUUCCACCAAGGCAGGAUUCAAGCCCUCACCUACCAAAACUGCCACCAAAGACUUACAAACGGGAGCUUUCGCACCCCCCAUUGUAUAGACUGCCUUUGCUAGAAAAUGCAGAAACUCCUCAAUGACCUUAGCCAUAUGUAGUCAUUGACACUGGAAUGGUAUUUGUACAUUUUUUUAAAUUUAUUCCAAAAAGGCAUAGUAUUGUAGUACUUUUUAAAAAUAAUGUUCUUACAAACAUGCUACUGAUCAAAUAAGCUUUUAAAAAUUGGAAAAAUAAAAAUACAGAAGUCCUUUACCAUUAUCCUCAGGUGAUCAGUAGCAUUGCCUUGUCUUGGAUCCUCAGUGCUGCCCAAAGGCCAGUGUAAAGAAUUUAUAUUUGUACUGCAGACUCUGCUAAAAUAUGGUUUAAAGUGACAUUGAUUGCACUGAAAGGGGAUAGUGCAUUUGUGGAAUUUUUCAAAUUUGAGUAACAGAUGACAUUUUAAGGCAGUGAAUUUAUACACAUAUAGGGGGUGUGUGGUGAUACUGAUUUUUAAGCCUCUUUGACCAUCUUCUAGUUUUUACCUCUAGUUUUUACAUUUAGGAAGAUCGUGAAUAACACCCACUGUUCUUAAACUCUUUAAUGCCAUGUCUUGAAAGCCAGAAUUUGCUGCUGAAGACAAAAGUGAAAAAUAGAACGAAAAUAAUAGAAU